GCAGGGGCGGACUGACCAUUUGGAAACUCGGGCACUGCCCGAGGGCCCGGGGUCAGUAGGGGGCCCCAUGAGAUGCCCCUGGUACCUUUUUCAUAGGCUUUUUUGAGUUUGGGCAAGGACACAGGGGCCCCAUGAUCCCCUAUUGCCCGGGGGCCCCAUGAUCUGUCAGUCCGCCCCUGCUUCCAAGUGUUUAUUACCUCUUGCAGAAAUCACAAUACUUCUCCUGGCGUUGCCUUUAUCUGCUUCUUCUUCUAGAUGGAUGGAGCCAUCUUUGUUCCGGGAUCAUCCAGGAUCAUACCUUUUUUUCAUAGGCUUUUUUGAGUUUGGGCAAGGACACAGGGGCCCCAUGAUCCCCUACUACCCUGGGGGCCCA